AUGCCGGAAUAUCAGCUAAACAAUGUUUCAUUUGUGCAAGAUCCAGGAAGGCAUAUGGAAUCUGUUCAUGAAGUGUAUGAGCAGCAGAAAGAAUUAAUUUUACUUGGAGAGAGGGUGUUACUUGCCACUUUAGAUUUUUACCUGAAUGUUCAACUUCCGUAUGAGCCCCUUGCUGAGGGCAUAAUCAAGCUCAAUCUCGCAAAGAAUUAUGCCCUUGUACAAGCUGCAUGGUCCUUUGUUGAUGACGGGCUGAGUACAUCGCUCUGCCUGCAAUUUAAGCCAAACCAUCUUGCAGCAAGUGCCCUUUUUCUUGCUGCCAAGUUCCUGAAAGUGAAUCUUCCGUCAGAUGGUGAGAAGGACUGGUGGCAACAGUAUGAUCUUACCAAAUGCCAAUUGGAGGAAGUUAGCUAUCAAAUGUUGGAACUCUACGAGCAGAAAAGAAUUCCACCAUCACAAGCAAGUGAAGCAGAAAGAGCUGCUACAAAGUCUCCUGCCACAAAUGAGGAACAGGCCUCAAAACAAAUUUCUUUUCAUCCAUCCCCUUGGUACUCAUCUUCAAAUAAUAGUGGGACCGACAUUAGUGGGAACCAGGAUAGAAUGGAUGGUCGAAAUCUCAAGAUUAAGGAAGGCUCAGUUGGUCACUCACCUAAAGAAGCAGUCCAGAUGACUGAUAAAGUCAAGUUAAAGGCUGCGUUUGUAGAAAGAAGAAAGGAACAAGGUGAAGUCACAGUAAAAAAAGAUGUAAUGGAUGACGAUGAUUGUAUUGACAGGGAGCUAGAAGAUGGAGUUGAAAUAGGUCUUGAGAAUGAGAAAAAUAAGCAAGAGAUAAGACAAAAUUGGUCUAUGCCCGAUGACGUAGAUCAUGGUAAGGCCUAUGAGGAAACUAGAGAUGGUAGACAAAUAAGCAUGAAAGGGCAAUUGCAGAAAGACAUAAAUGAAUACAUUGCAGAAGAAGGGGAAGUGAUAGAUGAUGAUGCUUCAUCAUUGUUGAACAAUCACAAGAGAAAGAUGGAUAAUUCUCCAGCUAGGCAACCAGAGAUGAAGAAACGGCUCGGUUGCAGUUAUACGACCGGAUAUAGGGAGCCCUUCAGCGGGAUUUUGUUUCAUCCACUACCAUAA